AUGGACGAUCUUACCCUCCAACACGAACUCGAGGCCCUAGCUGGUAACGCCUGGAACGCCACUCCCAAUAACGACACCACCACUUCGAGACCAGAACCAAUCUCCACCACAUCCACCCGCUGGUCCAAACUCUUCGAGAUCUCCUCAGACGAUGCCAUAGAUCUCAUCAUCUCCCACCGCAAUGACCUGACCCGCACCCGAAUCUCGGACGAACACUGGGACCUCAUUCGAGUGGAGAAGGAAGCGGAAGGUCACGACCGCGAAACAUACGAAUAUGAGUUGAAUCUGCAGCAGAAGAAAGCUGCUUUGCCGAAUCUGGUGCCUGCUGCUGAGGACUCGGGCAUUACGUACCUUGUAGAAUUGACCGGCCCGCUGGAUUCGGUCGAGCAGGUACAGCGUGCUGCUGGCUUGAGGGCUGAGCCGGAAGUUGUAUACGGCGAGAGCGCGGAGGAUGGUAGGAACGUAGUAUUGGCUUGUAUCGAUGGUACUGCGAAGAGCAAACUCCUGAAUUGGGCAAGUACCGAUGGAGGAGGAUAUGAGCCUGUGAUCUUGGUUAAUCCGAAGAGUCUGAGGUAA